CAGAUUUCUUUGCAGCGAAAACGAAACAAACUCACGAUGUCUGCCGAAUCAGCCAGCUCAAUCCCCAAGGGACAGGUUGAUUUGUUAGAUUUUAUCGACUGGUCAGGUGUUCAAUGCCUAAACCAAAGCUCAAGUCACUCCUUACCCAAUGCUCUCAAGCAGGGUUAUAGAGAAGAUGCUGGGUUGAACCUGGAGAGUGAUGCUGAUGAACAACUUCUAAUCUAUAUUCCUUUUAACCAAGUUGUUAAACUACAUUCUUUUGCUAUCAAAGGCCCUGAAGAAGAAGGUCCUAAAACGGUGAAGUUUUUCUCAAACAAAGAGCACAUGUGCUUCAGCAAUGUCAAUGAUUUCCCUCCAAGUGACACUGCUGAACUAACUGAAGAAAACCUUAAGGGAAAACCUGUGGUACUUAAAUAUGUUAAGUUUCAGAAUGUCCGUAGCUUGACGAUCUUCAUUGAAGACAACCAAUCGGGUUCUGAGCUCACAAAGGUUCAGAAGAUUGCUCUCUAUGGCUCAACGGUGGAGACUACUGAUAUGAAGGGGUUGAAAAAGAUUGAAGAUCACUAAGCAAACAAAAGGGGAUAACCAUAUGAUCAUUAUCACUUUGAUUUCUUGUGUUCUGUUGUCGAUUUCCUUCCUUUUUCACUUUAAAUUUGAAAUAGACUAGAACUUUCUAUUGUCAUUCAGUUUUAGCAAAUUGAGGCAAAACCUUUAAAUUUAUACUCGGAAACACAGCGGCUACAUCACGUUUCUAAGUCCCAAAAACAAAAAAGAACGAAGAUCAGCAUAAUAUGUAUGUACAAUUUCCAAAACUGACAACAAAAAGAAAACCUUAGCUCUCUAUGUGGUAAGUUCCUUUUGAAGAUUGUUAUUACUACUACCUUCUCUUAGACUUUGAAGACAUAGGUGCAACGUUCUCUGAACACUAUCUGCAACCAACUUGAGUCAAAUCUCCAGCAGCAGAACCGUUUACUUCCACCGUACGGCUCACUCUCUGUUUACACUUCUCCCAAUCAUCAACACGUUGCCAACAAGCCCGACCUCCAUGACUUCCUUCCAUUCCAAGAAACGUCACCCUAGGAUUAUCACCGUGUUCUGAGGCCGGUCGUACUGGAUAUUGCUUUUAGCUACUUCUGUGCCGGAAUGAUUCUCUAGACAUAGCUCGAUUCAAGGUCUCUGUGCAGGAGCAGCAGUCUCUCCUGCUACUCGACUUACCUUUAAUUUGAG